GGCAGAGACUCCAGCUAUGCUGUCCCGUUGGGAACUGACUCUCUGCCUGCUUGUUUCCUUGGGCUACCACUUCCGCUCUUUCUAUGAAGUUUACAAAGUCUCCAGGGAGCAUGAAGAGGAACUGGACCAGGAGUUUGAACUGGAGACGGAUACUCUAUUCGGAGGACUGAGGAAGGACCCGACUGAUUUCGAGUGGAACUUCUGGCUGGAGUGGGGGAAGCAGAGGCUGGUGUGGCUCCUCCUUGGCCAUAUGGCUGUGUCUCAGUUGGCCACACUGCUCACAAAGAAGCACAGACCCUGGGUUAUCAUGACCUAUGGAAUGUGGGCCUGCUGGCGUGUGCUGGGAGCUCCGGGCGUGGUCAUGGUCCUUCUCCACACCACCAUCGCCUUCUGCGUGGCUCAGUUACGAUCAAUGCUCCUCUCCUGGCUGUGUUCUCUGCUUCUACUCUCCACCCUGAGACUGCAAAGUGUGGAGGAAGUUAAGAGAAGGUGGUACAAGACAGAGAGCGAGUACUACCUGCUGCAGUUCACGCUCACAGUUCGCUGCCUGUACUAUACCAGCUUCAGCCUGGAGCUGUGCCGGCAGCCUCCGUCCGCCCAGCGUGCCUGCUUUUCCUUCCCGUGGCUGCUGACCUAUGUUUUCUAUUAUCCUGUCUUCCACAACGGGCCCAUCCUUAACUUCCCGGAGUUCUUCAGACAGAUGCAGCAGCCAGAGCUCAGCUCUCUGCAGCACAGCCUCUGCAUUCUAGCCAAGGGCCUGGGCCGCCUGCUGUGCUGGUGGUGGCUGGCUGAAUUGAUGGUACACCUCAUGUACAUGCAUGCCCUCUACAGCAGCAUCCCCCUCCUGGAGAGCGUUUCCUGCUGGACCUUAGGAGGACUGGCGCUGGCUCAGGUGCUCUUCUUCUAUGUGAAGUACUUGGUGCUCUUCGGUGCCCCGGCUCUGCUCAUGCGCCUGGACGGACUCACACCACCACCCCUUCCCCGCUGCGUGAGCACCAUGUUCAGCUUCACCGGGAUGUGGAGGUAUUUUGAUGUUGGACUACACAAUUUCUUAAUCAGGUAUGUGUAUAUCCCACUGGGUGGGUCCCAGCAUGGCCUGCUGGGGACACUGCUUUCUACCGCGAUGACAUUCGCGUUUGUGAGCUACUGGCAUGGCAGCUAUGAGGACCUCUGGUGCUGGGCAGCACUCAACUGGCUGGGAGUCACUGUGGAGAGUGGGGUCCGGAGGCUGCUACAGACACCCUGUGUCCGGGAGACUUUGGCCCGGCACCUCUCCCCACAAGCUCGCCGUCGACUACACGCUCUGCUCGCCUCCUGCUCUACCUCCAUGCUGAUCCUCUUCAACCUGGUGUUCCUCGGGGGAAUUCAAGUUGGAAAAACCUACUGGAACAGGAUCUUCCUACAAGGGUGGCCGUGGGUGACCCUGUCUGUCCUGGGAUUCCUGUACUGCUAUUCACACGUGGGCAUUGCCUGGGCUCAGACAUACACAGUUCUUUAACUGUGUGGCUGCUGGGCCAGGACAGCCUCCAAGGGACAUAGCAUUUCAUCCCGACCUCUCACUCUGAGACCAUCCCCAAAAGACCACCUUCCACUCCAGGACCAUCUCCAAGGGACCACCCUACACUGAGACCAUCCCUGAAGAACCACCUUCCAAUCUCCAAUCCCUAAGGGACCAUCUUAUACUCCAGGGCAAUCCCUGAGAAACCAAUUUCUACUCCCGGUGUAAUCUCUGAGGGACCACCUUUCACUCCAGGACAGUCCCUGAGGGACCGCCUUCCACUCAUCUUCUGCUGAAGAUACUUCAUUCCAAGACUGGCAGCUUGGUCUAUCACAGUACAUCUACAACCCCAAAAUCUUCUAGCUUUGGAGCCUCAAAGUGUUUUUUUUUUAAUACCCCCAUAAGCUUCCUGAUGCAGCCCAGAGCAGUCUCAGGUCUUCCCCACGAUACCUGUGACGUUUGUUUUAGAACCUCCCUUAGACAUGUUUGGUUUUUGUUUUUUUUUUCCUUCUCUACCAAAGAUUCAGUGUGGCAGACAUGUGUUUUGACAUGGAAGUCCUGGUUAGAGAUAGGCCUGCCGUCCCUGGGAUGCCUUUCUGGGAAAUUUCUGUGAUACUUUGACGACCCCUUUCUAUGUGUUGCACUGGAGGCUCUGGACUAACCUUCGCCUGAAUGGUCCUCAGACGGGGGAACAGCAAAACCGUAUUUCACGUUUCAAGUGACCUAGCUAGAGUGGGUGAUAUACAGCUGGGGCAUUCCAAAGAGUUCUGUAAUUUGAACUUUUUUGGAGUCCACGCAUGGCUGCUGAUUUCUGAGACCUUUUGUCAUGAAGAGACAUGGUCAUUUCUCUCACAGAUGUUCUGCACAGAAGUGGAGUUUAAAAGCCAGAGAAUAGGGUGUCCACAGGUGUACUGGGCAAGGCCUCAGGGGACAGUGGCAUCUCAGGGUCCUGUGUGUUUUACUUAGUGGGUUUUAUUGCCUUAGUCUCUCUCU